AUGCCGCCACCAAAGAACUCGGCGGCGCUGCGUCACCGAGCGCACAUCAUUGCCUUCUCCGUCGAAGAACAGGAGGCGGCACUCAUGGAGUGGCGGGCAAAGGCGCGGCGGGACAGUGAGAAGUUGCAAUGCCUCCACUCCAAAAUUGACGCGCAUAAAAAAGUGACGGAAACAGUAAAACGCGAGGGGCGCUGGCUGGCGGCGUGCGCCUCGCUUCAGCGGGAAUUUAUUUCCUCGGAUUUGGAGCUGGGCAAGGCGUAUGCUUCCUGCAUGCACCUGCUGCCAGAGUCGCUGAGGCACGAAUUGGCGAAGCAGGGGGAGCAAAACAUGCAACUUUUAAACUCCCUGAGUGCGGGUGUCAUGUCCGUGCGAAAGGCGCUGCAGGAGUUGCGCGAGCACAAUGAAGAGCCAUCUCAGCAGACGGUGCAGGCGCUUGCAGAAAAACUCUCUGUGCUACGGAAGGAGCUUCUUCAGAAGAAGCUAGCGACAGAUGUGGAGGCAGCACAAAUCCUCGCCGAGGAUGCGAGGGUUGAGGGUAGCCAGGACACUCCAAUGGAGGCGCUUCAGAAGUUGAUGCAGGCAAAAAUGGAGACCUUCGAAGGACUCUGUGAGUCGAGCGAUGGAACGCUACAUGCCGCGCUGAUGGAGACGUACCGAACUGCGCUGCAGACGGCGGGGGCAGCCGCCGUCUCGCAGACCGCAGCUGGCAAGGAUCAGAAGAGCGGUGUACCGUUCCUUCCAACAGAGCUGAACACGGUUUCAUUGAUAUUGAAAACAUACGACGCUGAAAUGGAAUCCGGUACCACUGCGUCUGCCGUCUUGGACGAGGUUUACGACCGCGUCCGGCGUGCUGUUCCACACUUUACCAAGACCUUGGCAAGACGGGCCGUGGAUGAGGCGCUGCGGCAGAAGCGAGACCGCGUCUACCUACGCUCCGUCACACUUCAGUACAAUAAAAGGGCCACGGAGCUGCUUGAGUCAUUUAAGAAGGCCAUGAUGGCUGAGGAGGAGAUCAUGCAGUUGCGGAACUCCAUUAAGGACGAGGCGAGAGUGCGUGAGGAACGCCAAUAUAAGGCACAAAAGGAGCUUGAACGGCUUCGUGAGGCUCGUGAGGUGAAGGACGCAUUGCGUCGCGCAGAAGAAGAGGCGAAAAAUAUGGAAGAGGAUGAAAAGCGGCAGCAGGUACUUCAUGCUCGGGAAGCGGAGUUUCAGGAGCGUCUAGGCCGGUUGCGGGUGUACCAGGAGCAGCAGCGGGAACUGCAGGAGAAGGAGCGUGCCGUCCAGCAGGCACUUGAGGAGGAGGCUGCACUGAAAAGGGCAAUUCAGCAAGACCACAACGCAAAACGUGUGGAGGAACGGAAAAGGGAAUAUGCAGAAAAGUGUCGAUUACGCAAGAAAAAUCAAGACGAAAUAGCGGAAUUAAAUAGAGCACAUCAAAGAGCAUUGGAGGCCUUUUUUAAAGGUGUUGAGCGACGCCUGGGGGUGACGUGUGACGCUGAAAGAGUUCUGCAGCCCACCACCUCCAGUCAGCAGGAAGUACCCUUCGUUUCCUUCUCCGAAGCGGCCCAAUACAAGCUGCACGGGUACACCGUGGAUAAUUUCAUGCGUGACCCACGGUUCCGUCUUCAACUCGCCUUGUUCGAGGCGGGACUGCACCAAACACCAUAUGGUAGAGAAGUAAUCUCUGGAGGUUAUCAUGUGCCUGUGGCUCAGCGAGCAAGCGAAGACAACCCGCUGCGUUUGGAGCAUUAA